AUUAAUAUUCCAUUUAAUAGCAUAGCUACUAUACACCUAGAAGAACUGUGCCUUUAUGACAUCAAUUGCACGAUGAUUUUGUGCUAGUUGUUGGUUACUCAGUGCUAUGUUGUGACGACAUCGAUAUAACAUGGUGGCAAAAGAGGAUGGACGCCGUCUAAAGCACGGUCUUACCUUAGUACACCCGGCAAAUCACCUAUACUAUCGCCAUAUACUGGGACAAAUAGAACAGGCGCGGAGACUAGGGAAUACGCACCGGAUUGUUACCUUGAAUAAGGCGGCAGUGGCCCUGGAGAGGUACCCAGUACCAGUUAACAACGCGGAGGAGGCACUGAACGUGGCAGGAGUAGGUGAGGUGGCGUCAAAAAUAUUCGAAGCCGUCAUAAAGAAACAUGGAGAGCCGAAACCCACCCAGGAACAGUGCGAAGCGCACGCUCAGAAGGUGUUUAAUAGAAUCAGAGCAUUUCUCGACAUAACCACCUUUGAUGAAGAUAUAACGGAGUUGACUGGUGAUUGGAAACCGAAGAAGUAUUCCAACUCAUGGACAUUCAUCCUGGUACUAGGAUUGUAUACUGAUGGCAACAAGAGGAUCUCUCUAGAGCAGAUAUUGGACUACUCAGAGGACAUACGAGCUCGUAUACCCAGUUGUAGACUCAACAAUUUUGAAUUCCUCAAAACCCUGAUUGAUAAGGGUAUAGUUGAGUUUUCUCGACCAAGCGAAUCACACCUUGCGCGAGGUAGUAAGGACAAAACGUCCACGGAGUACGUGUCACGUUAUAGAAGAUGUUACGAUUACGGUCUCACUGCCUUGGGACAGUGCUUGGCGGAGGAGAUUAUAUCAAACUGCGAGGUGCCCAUAUCAAUAAAUGAGAAGGGAGUGCCUGUAUUUUCACAGGCACCUACAUCAAUGUCCACAGCACUGGACCCAGAUGCAACUGCGAAUCCAUAUGACCUAGAGGAAGAUGAUAUAUUUUCCAUCAGCGAACUACGUUCAUACCGUUGCGUAUACGACUCACAAUUUAGCGUGGGUGCAAGGUUGGAUGUUAAUGAUAUUAGCCUCCCGCCGUCACUCAGGUCCAAUGGCACACUUGAUUUGGAUUGCUAUAUAGACUCCAUCAGCGGCGGUUCUAAAACGAAGUCGAGGAUGACACCCACGGCAUCACCUGGAACCAGGCAAGGUGAUCUUUCUAAUAGUGGAACGAACACAUUGAAUAACGCAAGUGAUCAGCAAAACCAAAUGGAAUCUAGCAAGACACCGAAUAUCACCAGCGAAAGUGUCAACUCAUCCAAUGUCGUACAAAGGCAACCAUCGCAACUACUACCUAGGCUGACGUCAUCUAUUAAUGUUGGCAGCGAUUCCGCUGCAUUCGUAUCGUAUCCAACUGGCACAAGGUCUUUUGGUGAUAAUGAAAUGGUAACGGCUAGCAGUGUGGGUGUAACAUUCAAUACACAAAAUCUUACCAACCAAGGGUCUACAUGCGAUGCGUCUUACCAGAGUUUGGACAAUUUCUGCUAUUCGGCGUCCGGGGAUGUUGCGGAUGCAGGCUCGGUACCUAGCGACAUCUAUCCUAGGAGCAGCCGUAUAGAGACCAUGAAACUAUAUGAUGACCUAUCGGAUCCAUACGAAUUAAUGGAUGACCAUGGACAAAUAUCGGAUAGAUAUCGCAAGCUAAUGGAGGACUACAGCGAUGUUGCGCGGUGCUACAGUCAGGGUUAUGAGUAUAUAGAAGCCCAGACACAAGCUUCAGUAGGACAUGACGUUCCAAAUAGGGCAGAGCUCACGUCACCUGGUACCCAGGAGCGGUUACAAAAUUGUACUUCCACUGAAACUAGAACACCGGUAAGGAACUUGUUGGACCUAGGUUUAACCCAACAGACGCCUAUAGAGAUCAGUAGUUCAAGCAAGAGUGAUAAUGACGUGAGGAUAACUACAAUGCAUACACGCGACGCACAUGUCUCGACUCCUCCAAAGUUGGUACCACAACGUGAACCUGUUUUUGAUCUAGACGCUGCAUUAAAUGAAUACGAGUUGUUGACAGUGGUUGACAACCGGGAGAUUCAUGAUGCAGCAGGGCGUUACCAACGCAGACUUGUUGAGUUGUACACUGGGAAUGAUAAACAGCUUGUAUUCCGGCAAUUACCACUUGGUGAUGUCAUAUGGCUCUUGAAGCGGAAAACUGACGCUGGUAAUAUCUCCACACAAGAAUGCAGCACUCCGAAGACACCAAGAGCCCGGAAGCCCAAAAGGCGCAAUACGCAAUCGUUGGCGGGCGAUUACGAGUAUAACGAUAGAAGUGACGGCAACGCUUCAAAAAGCGCAUCGCGAGGUAGAAAGAAAUGUGACACCGCAGACGAUCUCGCGGGUGCGUAUGUACUGGAAUGGGUAGUUGAACGUAAGACUACAGCUGAUUUGGCUGCGAGUAUAAAUGACGGGAGGUAUUACGACCAGAAGAUACGCAUGCUUAGGCUUACGGGAUUCAAACACGUGUGCUAUAUCUUUGAGGAUAUGGAGAUUGGUUCUGCUGUAUCCCGUGUCAGCGCAAUGAGCGGCAGAGUGAGCAAAGCUAGCAUAACAUCGGCACGAAUACAUACACAGAUGGUUACAGGGUUCAAUGUGUUGCGCACCACUGGUAUGCCGCAUACAGCUGCCAGUAUAGCUUUCAUGCAUAUGCACAUCGGAAAGGUUCUCCAAGGGCGUAUACGCCAGGCUAAUCUUACUUCAGCGGAGGAGUUGCACUCGAUGCUGGGGAAGCGAUACAUGACACUUGCUGAGUGGGAGGUGCGCAAUAGGAAGCAGAACCAGAUGACUUACAAGGAACUGUUUGGGAAGCAAAUAAGAGCCAUACCAGGCUGCAGUGCCAAUGUUACACAGGCCAUACUGGAUACGUGGCCUACACCUCACUUGCUAGCCAAGGGGAUAUCUCGGUCAAACCUGGCACAAAUCAAUGCAACAUUGACCAAGAAGCUCCCAAAGUCUAAACGAGCUCCUAUCAGCAGUAAGAUGUACGCAUUGUACAAGAAGCUAUACACUAAGCCCAGGAAUGCACUCAGUUUAAGUACCGGCGGACGCUUGGAAGCUGCUGCUGGUAGCUUGUAUGAGGACCUGGCAUAUACAAACUUGUCAUGUCAACUGUAACAGCGUGAGUGCUUGGAUACCACAACUAACC